AUGACGUCCGAUGACCCGAAGGUAGUGGCCUAUGAGGUCGAGUCUCUCCGUAAAUUGGCAUUCUUCGGAAUCGCCAUCUCAACCGUUGCCACAUUGACUGCUAUCAUCGCGGUCCCCAUGCUCUACAACUACAUGCAACAUGUUCAGUCGUCCCUUCAAACCGAGGUUGACUUCUGCCGACACCGCACUGAUGGGCUCUGGGACGAGUAUGGCCGAUUCGAGCACCUCAAAGGAGUGAACGGCCGUAUCAAGAGGGCAUCCGUUCAGCGCAGAAGCAACGGCGUCACCGGACGUGGAGCACAUCGUCGUGCUGUUGUCCACGGUGCUUCCAACUAUGAUGGUGGAUAUGGAGGAGGAGGAGGUGGUAGCUUCGGUGGAUACGACUCAGCUGUUAGCGGUGGUGGAGCACAGACAUGCUGCUCUUGCGGAGUUGGAGCCGCUGGACCACCAGGAGCACCUGGACCCGAUGGAAACCCUGGCCAAGAUGGAGCCCCUGGAAUGGACGGAGCACCCGGAAACGAUGCUGCUGCUGAUGCUGUCCCAUCACCUGGCGACUUCUGCUUCGACUGCCCACCUGCACCUGCCGGACCACCUGGUCGACCAGGACCCCCUGGACCACCCGGAAACCCAGGAGCACCCGGACAAGACGGAAGCGCUGCUGUUCCCGGCCCACCAGGACCUCCAGGACCAAUGGGACCCCCUGGAAACGACGGCCAACCUGGAGCACCUGGACAACCUGGAGCACCCGGACAAGUCACCGAAGUUCCCGGCAUUCCUGGACCUGCUGGACCACCUGGACCAAUGGGACCACCCGGACCACCUGGACAGCCUGGAACCCCAGGCAGUGCAUUGCCUGGACCUCCAGGACCUCCAGGAGACGCAGGAAUGGAUGGAGCACCAGGACAGCCAGGUGCGCCCGGACAACCAGGAUCACCCGGAGCAGCUGGUUCUGGAGGCAGUUGCGACCAUUGCCCACCACCGCGUACCGCUCCCGGAUAUUAA